CAGAUGACGGCACGAGACGCUUCUUCAGUCGCUGUAGUAACGUCUGUGGAACUGGUACGCGGAGCCGCAGCUCUCCUACAAACCGACACCGCUCAGUUUUCACGCGUGGAUUUACAUUUUCAUCAGCCGUGGGUCGUCUUGGGAGCGGACACCUGCCGCUCCGACCAGCUCGGAGCGGAGAAAAAUAAGUUUUUUGUGUUUCUGGAGCGAAGGAAUGUAUAGUUUUUUGUUGUUAAACUGGAAGGAGUCGAUGUAAUUGUGGUUGGUUUGGAUUUUUUCUGGACACCAGAGAAGCGGCGGCUCGGUGUCCACCUGACCCCGUGGAAAAUAACACGGCGGAUAAUGACACUGACGUGGCGCACUAAGCUCUCCAGCUCUCACCCGCUUGGAAACUAAAGUUUCCCAGCUCCAGGUAACAGCGUCCGAUUAUUGAAACAGUUGGGAUAAACUUCGACAUUAUGGGGGUCAUCGGACUCCUCCGGCCGUCUUGAUGCCGCUCCAGCCGGGACUGCGUGCCCUGUAACCGCCGGGAUGAGCAGCACCGACCUGGAGCGCAUGUCGCUCAGCUCCUCGGCCAACUCGGUGGCCUCCAGCGCCCGGACGCUGUCGGCCAACGUCCGGAAGCUGCACAACGCGCUCAACCUGCUGCUGAGCGACUUGGAGCGGGAGCAGUUCAUCCACUGCCUCAACGUGUACCACUCCAAGCGCAACGUGUACGACCUGGUUCAGACCCUCAACGUGAUCCUGAACGCGCCCAGCAAGCGGCAGCUGCUGCCCAUGCUGCGGCUGGUCAUCCCCCGCUCCGACCAGCUCCUCUUCGAGCAGUACACCUCCGAGGGGCUUUACCUAAAGUCGGAUUUAGUCGCGAACAAUGGCCACGCCGAACCCCCGCUGAGCUCCAGCCCGACUCCACCGGGGAACCUGUCGCCGAGCAUCCCGCCGGACUUCCAGGUGGCGCUGCGGGGCUCCCCGGACAGCUUCAGCACCAGCAGCGACGGGACGGCGGCGCCGUUGGUGCCGCUGCUCGGCCGGAACUUCAUCCACGAGCCGCCGGGCGAGCUCCGGCAGGUCACCAUGAAGCGCCACAAGAGCAACGAGGGCCUGGGAUUCAGCAUCCGCGGCGGCUCGGAGCACGGGGUCGGGAUCUACGUGUCCCUGGUGGAGCCCGGGAGCCUGGCGGAGAAGCAGGGGCUCCGCAUCGGCGACCAGAUCAUGAAAGUUAACGACAAAGUGUUCGAGAAAGUCACCCACGCCGAAGCGGUGAAGGUGCUGAAGGGCAGCAAGAAGCUGAACCUGUCGGUGCGUUCAGUCGGCCGGAUCCCGGGCGGCUACGUCACCAACCACGUUUACACCUGGGUGGAUCCUCAGGGUCGCAGCGUGUCUCCUCCUCCGGAUCUACCCGAGCAUCGGAGCGCUACGCUGCGGCGGACCGACAGCCAGCGGCGCAGCAACAUGCAGCUGCUUCAGGAGGGAGACGAAAAGAAGGUGAACCUGGUUCUGGAUGACGGACGGUCUCUGGGCCUGAUGAUCCGAGGAGGAGCUGAAUACGCGCUGGGAAUCUACAUCACCGGAGUGGACAAGGGAUCGGCAGCGGAGUGCGGAGGACUCAAGGUCGGCGACCAGAUCCUGGAGGUCAACGGCCACAACUUCCUGAGCGUCCCGCACGACGAGGCCGUCCGCGUGCUGAAGUCGUCGCGCCACCUCAUGAUGACGGUGAAGGACGUGGGACGGCUGCCGCACGCCCGGACGGUGGUGGGGGAGACCAAGUGGAUCGCCAGCUCGCAGAUCGCAGAGAGCUCCGCCAACAGCAGCCUGGCCAGCUUCUCUGUGGAUCCAGGAGCUUCAGCAGCAGGAAAGCCCGGCUUCUAUAAGGGCGUUGCCGGCUCUCAGGUGACCCUGUCCAGCCUGGUCAACCAAUCCCGCGCCAUGCUGGAGGAGCAGGCGCGCCACCUGCUGACCGAAGCCGAGCGUCAGACCAUGAGCUACUACGUGGAGGAGUACAGGGACGGACACAUCGGCAUCGAGCCGCUGGUCAUGGCGCUGUUCGAGCUGCUCAACACGCACGCCAAGUUUUCCCUCCUGUCGGAGGUGAGAGGGCUGGUCACGCCGCAGGACCUGGAGCGCUUCGACGGCCUGGUGCUGCGGCGAGAGAUCCAGGCCCUGAAGGCGCGGCAGGGGACGGCGGGCGCCGCCAACGCUCAGCCGGACUGCCUGUCCAUGGUGUCGUUUCCAGACACGCUGACGUCGUCAUCAGCCAGCUUCAUGACCAACACAACGCUCAGCUCUGCGCGGGAGAGGCUGCUGUGGCUGAUAGACAUGAUGGAGAACGACAGCGUGGCGGAGAGUAACGAGGCGGAUCCUCCGGAGAGCCUGAACACGCUGCUGACCGACGUCUCUCUGGAUGACGUUCAGUCCGCCACAGCAGAGUCGCCCCCCUCCUUCAAGCCUCCGCCCCCUCCGGGGUCUCAGAGGCGCCCAGGUAGGCGGGACGCUCUCAUCAAGUGCCCGUCCUCCGAAUCCUCCCAGUCUGGGUUGUACUUCACAGCCCCGAGCUCUUCUUCUGCGCCAAGACGCGACGCCUCCCGGGACUACGCCGCCAUCAAGAAGAAAAUGCCCAAGGAGAAAAUAUCGUCCGCUCAGCUGGCCUCCGUCUCCCAGCACAACAUCGGCCCCUUUCCCAGGGUCCAGUCGCCCAACAGAGGCCCCAAACCGGCCGCCCCGUCCCCUUCUCCCCCGCCGCCGCCGCCACUUCCUGCCCCGCCUCCUCCUCCUGUGCUUCCCUCUAAGCCGGUGUCCCUGUCCAAGGCCUCCCUCGGCCCGCCGGCCGCCUCCAAGCCGCAGUUUGUGACGGUGGAGGUCCACAGGCCCAACUCGGAGCCGGACGUCAACGAGGUGCGGCCGCUCCCCCAGGCUAGAGGCGGCGCCCUGUCUCAGCUGUCCGACAGCGGACAGACCCUCAGCGAGGACAGCGGCGUGGACAUCGCCGAGUCGGGACACGUCAGUAAAGACGGUAGCCCCCGAUCCUCAUCCGCACGCCCCGCACGCCACUCCCAGGACGGCGGAGGGGAAAACACGACCAAACCGCCGGGGCUCUUGGAGCCGACCUCCAUGCUAGUGAGGGUGCCAAAGAGUGCCAGCACCCUUGGAAUUGCCAUCGAGGGCGGAGCCAACACUCGCCAGCCGCUGCCGCGCAUCGUCACAAUCCAGAGGGGCGGCUCGGCCCAUAACUGCGGCCAGCUGAAGGUGGGUCAGAUCAUCCUGGAGGUAAACGGGGUUUCCCUCAGGGGCCGAGAGCACCGGGACGCCGCUCGCCUCAUCGCCGAGGCCUUCAAGACCAAAGAGAGGGACCACGUUGACUUCCUGGUGACGGAGUUCAACGUGGCGCUAUAGCUGCUAGCAGGCGACGACGAUGGCGAUCCGACGGCACAAACCGAAACAGAACCACCGACUGAUCUCUGAGCCCUUCUCUUUUCUAAUCCAACCUUUAACUGAAAGGCAUUAUUUCCUCAACGUGUUACCUCUAGCUGUGAGACCCGAUGCGCCUGCAGCCAGGAUUCAUGAAUCUUUACCUUUCUGGUUUCUUUCUGUCUGACGUCUCCUUUAUUUAUUUUUUAACCUUUAUUUCUGCUUCUGUCCGAGAGUGAACUGUACAGCUGGAACCGACGGAUGCUUGACUUUACAAGCUCGGGUUUGUACUGUAUGUAAAAAUGGACAUAUGUAGAUACAGAUGGAUAUAUGCUGCACACAUUCAAAUGCUCCUAUAUAAAUAAAAACAUGUGUAACCUUU